AUGUCUCUUCCACAUUUCUUCAUCUUCUUCUUCUGCGUCUCUCUCUGUGUUUCUUCUUCCUUUUCAGCUCUUCUCGCACCCAUCACGAAAGACCACACCACUCGUCAGUACACACUCUCAGUUUACCUGAAAACCCCACUUCAACCCACCAAAUUGGUCCUAGAUCUAGGAGCCUCCUUCAGCUGGGUCGACUGUACUCAAAAUUACACUUCCACCACGUACCACUCCAUCCCAUGCAGUUCUUCUCUCUGCAAUGCCAUCGCUUCACUCGCUUGCUCCAACUGUUUCAACCCGCCCGGUCCCGGUUGUGCCAACGACUCGUGUGCUAUGUUCUCCGAAAACUCAGUCACCCGGAAGGCCAUUAUAGCCGAAGCACUCGUCGACUCGCUCGCUUUGCCCACCACCGACGGUCGCAACCCGGGUCGACUCGGUCUCAUCCCCGAGUUCGUAUUCUCUUGCUCCAAAACGUCUUUACUCAAAGGACUCGCGAAAGGAGUCACCGGUUUGGGCGGUCUGGGCCGGUCCAACUUUUCGAUUCCGGCGCAGGUUAGCAAAGCCUUCUCUUCUCCUUACUUGUUUGCGCUGUGCCUGUCCGGUUCACCCUCCGCUCCUGGCGUGGCUUUCUUUAACUCUGAUGGACCCUACUAUUUCUUGCCCGAAAUUGACCUUUCAAAAUCACUUGUUUACACUCCACUCCUUUUGAAUCCAGUAGGGAACACCAUCAUAACGUACUACCUACACCCCUCGGAUGAGUAUUUUAUUGGUGUGACUUCUAUAAAAGUCAACGGAAAUAACGUACCCAUUAAUCAGACGAUCAUGACCAUUGAUCAGAAUGGCUUUGGUGGGACCAAGAUCAGCACCGUUGUUCCGUACACAGUCCUACAAACGCCUAUUUAUAAGGCGUUUACGGAAGCGUUUGUUAAUGAAUCAGCUGCGUUGAACCUCACCGUAACAAAGCCUGUGAUCGGGGUGUGUUACAAUGCGGACGACGUUUCAAGUACGCUCGUGGGACCGGCUGUUCCGACCGUAGAUCUGCCAUUCGGGGUGUGUUACAAUGCGGACGACGUUUCGAGUACGCUCGUGGGACCGGCUGUUCCGACCGUAGAUCUGGUGAUGCAGAGUGAUGAUGUGUUUUGGAGGAUCUUUGGAUCGAAUUCGAUGGUCAGGAUUGUGAGGAAAGGUGUAGACUUGUGGUGCUUGGGGUUUGUGGAUGGUGGGGCCAAUCCAAGGACAGCGAUUGUGAUUGGAGGGCAUCAGAUGGAGGAUAAUCUUUUGCAGUUUGAUCUUGGGUUGAAGAGACUGGGUUUUUCUUCUUCAGUUUUGCUGCAUAGAACUACGUGUAGUAACUUCAAUUUUACCACAAACAAUAACUUAAAAUAG